AUUACGGAUAUUAAAUUGAUUAUUGGCGAUCGUAGCUUCUUAUGCCAUCGAGUCAUUUUAGCUGCACAUAGUGAAUAUUUUCGUACUAUGUUUACUAGUGAUUUUAAGGAAAAGGACAAAGCAGAAAUUAACUUAAUUGAGAUUGAUUGUAGCAUUGCAUCGAUCGUUAUUAAAUACAUUUAUGGUUAUGUGCUAAAGUUAACAUUAAUGAAAUUAUCGCAAGUUCAGGCAGUCUAUGCGCUAGCACUACAAUGGGCUAUCAAGGAAUUACAGGAACAAUGCCAUUGCUACUUUAUCACCAUCUUAAACGCUAGAAAUUGCUGUCAAUUAGCAACUUUUGCUGAUUAUCAUGCGCCAGAUUUACAUGAUGAAAUUCUAGCUUACAUCACUGACAAUUUCUUUAGAUGUAUCAAGACUAAAUCACUUCAGGAUCUCUCGUAUAAUUUACUUGUUAAAUUAAUACAAUGUGACUAUCUUAAUAUUAUCAAUGAAGAUCAGAUACUUGAAUCUCUUAAUAUUUGGAUAGAUUCAGAUACAUCCAGUAGGAAAAAAUUGAUAGUAUCUCUCUUAUGUCAUUUGCGUUUAGCAUACAUUUCGCCGGAAUCU